CUGCUUUUCUCACCGGCAGAACUUCAGCUGCUCUGAAGAUCAAGUGGUGGAAAGUUCUCUUCUAGCUCUGAGCUCUCAAGCGCAGUAUUUAUAAGAAUAGGAAGUUUUAUUAAUAUUAUUUUGGAAUCUGCCUUGCUGAUAUCAUAUUUAUGCAAAAAUUCAUCAUGGGAAGUGGCUACUACAAUAUAGUGGCAACUGUGCUAUUGGUCAUGAAUUUUGAGAGGACAAGAUCAAUACAGGACCCCUGUAGCAUCUGCCCAGCAGGUACUUACUGUGGGAGAAACAAAGACCAAAGUUGUAUCCCCUGUCCUCCAAAUAGUUUCUCCAGUAUAAGUGGACAAAAGGCUUGUAACAUGUGUAAAAAGUGUGAAGGUGUUUUCUGGACAAAGAAGGCAUGUUCUAGUACCAGCAAUGCAGAGUGUGAGUGUGUCUCAGGAUUCCACUGUGUGGGAGCAGGAUGUACCAAGUGUAGAGAGGAUUGUAAACGAGGUCAAGAAUUAACAAAAGAUGGUUGUAAAGACUGUGAAUUUGGGAAAUUUAAUGAUCAGAAGCAUGGCAGCUGUCAACUAUGGACAGACUGUUCUUUGCAUGGAAAAUCUGUACAUGUGAAUGGAACAAAGGAAAGUGAUGUAGUGUGUGGACCAACUUCCAAGGACUUUUCUCCAGGUCAGACAUCCCAAGUCACCAUCUGCUUUCUGGCACUGACAUCGACUGCCAUGUUUUUCUUGGUGCUCUUUCUUGUGCUUCAUUUCUCUGUUACGAAACACAGCAAAAAGAAGCUCCUGUACAUAUUCAAACAACCUUUUGUGAGAACAGUGCAAACUGCCCAAGAAGAAGAUGCUUGUAGUUGCCGGUUUCCAGAAGAAGAAGAAGGAGAACGUGAGCUGUGAAGCAGAAAUCCAAAGAGCUCUUGGGAAUUGCUUGAAGAGACUUGGAAGAGAAAUGAGUGACCCAGUGGCUGUGUCUUUCUAAAUUGAAAAACGCCAUCCUAGAUAAUGCCCAGGAUUUACCCAAAGUUUUCUCUAAAUGCUAAUGAGUUGGACUUUUAAAAUGUUUUUUAAUGUUUAUUUUAAAGUGCUAUUUUUAAAAUAAAAAAUAAUUUAUUUUUUUAACUUACAAGAGUGAGAGAGAGCAGAGCACAGCUCUGUCAGGGAAUGAACCCAGGACCUCACACAUGAAAGACAUGUACUGCUGAGCUAGCCCUUACCCACAGUGCCCCUUUAUCAGAGAAGUUUGGGAUAGAGGUAAAGGGGCAUUUUCUAGUUCUCAGCUGGUUUGGGAUAUAUAUAUAUAUAUAUUUAAAUCGAUAGUUUAAAUUUUAUUAUGAAGGCCUGCUAACAUUAUAACCAAAAUUAAAUUUGUUUGUUCUGUGUCAGUAAGAUAUGACACUAAACAAUAUGAUGUAAGAAAUGCCCCAACCAAAAUUUCUGCUGGUUUAGUUAUACAACCAGUGACAUCUGCCACCAUUAGCAGGAGAAAUGACAACAAUUCCCAAGGUUGUUUUUAAGGGCAACACAUCUCAGACCUAGAGCAAAAAGGUAAAAUGACUGCUUCUCCUUGACUCCUCUCCAUCUUCACAUCUUCUACCUUUGUCUUACUCCCCUCUGAACUGGAGCUUAUAUUCUUUUUAAUUCUUCAGAUCUCUAGCCGGGGAUUUAGUUCAGCAAUGGAGUGCAUACUUUGCAUUUGUAAGGCCUUGGAUUUUAUCUUUGGUAUCACUGAUAUACCAAAACCAAACCGAAAGAACAAAAAGACCCAAAAAUAGUAUUUCACAAACAUAAUAAAUGGAAUAUGUGUGUAUAUGAAAGGUAUGAAGUGUGAUCGUAGAAUGGAGAGAUCCAUCAUCACAGAGCCCAACCAGAGAGCCAGAGCUGCAGGUGCCAUACUCUCAUUGGUCAAAUGUGAGACACCACUAAGUCUCCUAAGGUAAGCCUUUAAGAAUCAUGGAUUCAUUCCCCAGUACCAUGGGUUCAUUCCCAUGGUUCAUUCCCUGUUUGGUUCCUUGUGGGAGUGAGCCAGCCCAGCUCCCAUGUCACCACCCAGUCUGUUAGCUACCAGAGCUUAGACAGAGAGCAGGGAACCUCGCGCCAGCAGCAGCAGGGAUGAGCUCGCUGAGGGGUCUUCCCAGCUUACCCUGGCAGCAGACAAUACAACAGACCUCCUCAGAGUACUGUGGAGGAGGAUGGAACCUUUUAUAGUUUCAGUUAUAAGUUUAUAAAGGGGUAGCUGUGCAGGGAAGUAGCCAAGCUGGCCAAUGAGACCAGUAUCUCCUUAUAAGGGAAAAGAGAGCAAAGCAAUGAGAAGGUGUGGAUGGUGAUGCAGGAAUGGGGAAAUAGAAUUUUAAAGAAGGCCUUGAAGCCCACCAGAGGGAGGAGGGGUGAGGUGAUGUGGUGAGGCUGAUAGGAAGGUUGGAAUUCCCUGAGUACUCUGGCCACAUUUCUCGCUCGACAAGGCUGGCAUGCUAAGGGGAAUCUGAUAGAUGAGGGGUCAACCAUCCAUGCUCAAACACGCAUUAGACCCAAAAUUCCCCAGUACCAUAUUCCUCCCCCCCACAAAAAAUUAAAAAAUAAGCAUGUAAAAAUCAUUCCUCACCCAUAACCAGAGCAUCGCCUGGCAUUAACAGUGAUGGGAGUUUAAACUCAGGACCUACCUUGUAAGUCCUGUGCUCUACCUGGUGUGCCACUUUCCCGACUGCUCUUUGUGUUUCUUGUUUGAUAUACUACUUGGCUUAUUGCUAGGAGCUCCUGUAAAACAUAAUAAUAUGUUUUGUUUUCUCUUAUUUAUUAAGGACACUUUUAGUUUUUUAGUGAAAAUGCAUGAUUAGUGAAGUUCCCUCAUUUUCCUGAUUUGUGAAUAGAAUUAAUUUUUAUUUUAGAAUCAUGAAUGGGUGUUGAGUUUUGUCAUAAAUUUGUGAAAAAACAAAAUAAAAUAUUAAUU